UUUUGUUCCUGUGUGCUGACGUGGCCUUUAGCAAGUGGCUUUUGUGUGCAGCGGAGAAACCUGGUUUCAGAUGCCAGCCCAGCCGGAAACAUCUUCAGGCUCAUUAAUUAUGGAGGCCCCUGACAAGGGUAGCUUCGCUUGCUUUGUUUCCACGGUAGAUAAAAAGGGACAUGGAUCUUUCUGUUUUGCCCAAUAACAACCAUCCUGACAAAUUCCUGCAGCUUGACGUGAAGUCUUUAAUGAGGAGCUCAACCCUUCUGCAGGCUAGCCUCGCGAGAUUUCCGGGUGGAAAUUAUCCUGCUACACAGCACUGGCAAAACCUUGUCUACUCACAGAGCCCUGGGGCUUCUCAGAGGAAGUCUGUGAGCAGAGAGAAAAGGCAGCGACUCUGCAUUAUGCCUGCAUCCCAAGAAGACAGAGAGGAAGACACACGUACUUUUGGGGAGAGAGAAAAGACCAUUGCUACUCAACGAAUCAAGGGAUUUGGUGUGGAGAACCCAGUCCUUCCUGAGAGUCCUCCAUCAUCCAUGUCUUCAGUUAUGAAGAACAACCCGUUGUACGGUGACGUAAGUUUGGAGGAAGCUAUGGAAGAAAGGAAAAAGAAUCCUUCGUGGACCAUUGAGGAGUAUGAUAGGCAUUCUGUGCAUACAAAUCUCUCUGGACAUCUGAAGGAAAAUCCCAACGACCUGCGCUUUUGGUUGGGAGACAUGUACACUCCUGGCUUCGACACUUUGCUGAAAAAGAAGAAGAAACGCAACAAGCGAUCAAAAUUAUGUCACAUGGGUCUGAUUUUACUGCUUGUGGCCUCCAUCCUGGUUACCAUAGUGACUCUCAGCACUAUAUUCUCUUAAGGAAGUUCCAAACCCAUCUUUAAAGCUCUAAAACGCCUUCUGAGUAUUGGCAGGAAAAUCUGUGCGUUGUGAACGUGUCUGCCUUGCUAACUGUGUGAGCAAACACCAUUGCCCUUUAGACGCGUGAGCGUCGCUUGUGUUAUGUUGGCCUCGCUGCUUUGGUCUGUGAAACCUGUGUGUCAUUCCAGUCUGGGUUCGUCCUUUGUGAAGCAGGUAUUUCAGAGGCUCACAGUAGCAAAAGUCACUCCAUACAGUUACAAUCGAGCUUUAGCUAGAGAGCAGACUGUGUCAAGUCCUGGCAGCUGCCUGUCUCUGUGCUUACCUGGCUUUCACAUCACUUGUCCUUCUUCCUCCUCUUUCUCCUCCUCCCCCUUCUCCUCCUUCCUCCUCCUCCUUCUCUUCCUCCCCCUCCUCCUCCUCCAUCUUCCUCCUCCAGGCACUGGAGAAGCUGUAGCCCACCUGCCCAUCCGCUAGGGUGACCGGAAGACGGCUGCGCUAUCCCUCAGUUUAGAUGUUUUAUCCUCCUUUAUCUCCGCUUAAGUUAAAGUCAGAUAAAGUGGGAGGGAGACAUUGUUCAAACCUAUUCUCAUUUCCCCACUAAUCCUUCAUGGUGACCCAAAUUUACUUUGCCGUUUUAGGAGAAACAAACUUGGUCAGCCACAGCGGCAUAAAUCAAUUACAUUAUAUACAAUCGUGCUUGUGGAUUAAUAGGAACUGGCAAGUGUGACCUCUAGUGGCAGUGGGUACAAGUUUACCGGAAAUAGGGGGUGGGGCACUGGAAAGAGUCCAGGAAUGCUGCCACCCCUGAUCAUUCAACUGAAUGACAGUUAGGCCUGAACAAAAGAUUGUCAGAAAAGGGAGCUAGCUUACAGGACUCCAUAAGACAGGGAUGGGAGAAGAGCAGUUGGCUCCUAACUGUAACUUUUCCCUCAGUGGCGAUCUCAUUUUCUUUGUGUAUUGACAACCUUCUGCCGGGUGCAGAUACCUGGGAACAAGCCCCAGGAUACAAAGGUCUAUCUUCUCCCAGGACAUUCUUGUCCAAAGCUCUCAGCGUCACUCCUAUUGCUAUUUAGUGUGUGAAAUAAGGCUUUUCUUCUUCACAAAGAGUGUUGUCCUCUUGUGUCCUGUGAUAACGCCUUACAAUCUCACUGUGUUGCGUAUAAGGAUACUUGAAGUAAAGUAUAUAAAAAUAAGGGUUUGCUGGACAAUAAAUCAUUGUGUACAAAGCAAAA